AUGUCUAAUGCUGAUCUGAUUACAGUCAAGGUUAAACCGUCACAGUGCGAUACUGAUAAUGCAGUUGCCAGUUUCUUACAAUCACCAGUACCAACUAAACCAUCACAAUUGAAAAAUAGCGAUUUGGUGAAUACCACGCUGCUGCCGGAAACAAAUUCAAAAUCAGCUACCGCUACCGCUGCUUCUACUUCUGCUUCUGUCUCGGCCCCUUCCUCAGCUAAGAAACUAGUUGUUAAACCAGAUUUGAAUUUGAAAUCGUGUUUGUCGCAAUCGUCAGCUGUGAAUACACAGGGUAAUGAUGCUAGUAAGAGUAACGGAACAAAUAGUGCGGCUAAUUCUGAUAACGAGAACCAGCAUCCCCAUUUCGUGUCUUUAGACAAUAUCAGUCCUACAAAUCAUGGCCUUGGACCAAAUAAUCAAGGUGAAGAAUUUGCUGUUAUUUCUUCAUCUUAUUAUCCAUCAACAAUGUCUUCAAGGGGAUUAUCAGUUGCUUCGCCUACCCAGUCAAGCUCGUCAACACCAAUAGCCGCCUAUUUGCAAAGUUCCUCUUUCCAGCAAGAGCAACAACAACAACCGCCACAACAACCACCACCACCACAGCAACAACAACAACAACAACAACAACAAAUACCACCACAACAACAAAUACCACCACAACAACCACCACCACCACAGCAACAACAACAACAACAACAACAACAACAACAACAACAACAACAACAACAACAACAGCAACAACAGCAACAACAGCAACCAUCACAACCAUCACAACAACAACAGCAACCAAGUAUGCCCCACCCUAGUCGAAUAAACUCAUUAAGAUAUCUUCAAGUUGACGAUAAAAAGUUUAUUGGAUCUGCGCGUCAAUCGACUAACAGCACCGAAGAGAAUUUACCAAGCUUGAGAUUGGCUCCUGAAGACAACAAGUUACACCUUCUAAUUGGCGUUACUGGCUGUAUCUCUAUCCACAAGAACGUUUUCUUAUUGAUUGGUAAAUUGUUUGAGCUCUACACGAAGGAUAAGUUGGAGAUUCAAGUAAUUCUUACAAAAUCAGCUGAGUACAUUCUACUGGAAAAGCUUCAUAAAUUUGAUGAGAUGGGGGUGAAAGUAUGGUUUAGUGACGAUGGAUGGAAGUAUUUCCUUACUUCACCUUUUCAAAAAAUCUACAAUCAAGCGGUCACCACGGGGAAUUUACCAUUAAAAAAACCGUACCUUUUGCAGCAUCUACAACAAUACAGUUUAGUUUAUGAUUUACAAAGAUGGACGGAUGUGUUAUUACUAGCUCCGUUAUCAGCAAAUACGAUGGCCAAAUUAAUAACCGGGUUAUCAGACAAUUUAUUGACUGAUUUAUUAAGAGUUUGGCCAGUGCCUCAAAUCCAUUAUACAGAAACCCAGAGCUCGAAGCCACAAUUGCAACAACAGUUUAAUACCAUGCCAGGUGAAGUGAAGAAGGACACAACAGUGAUUUCCAAUAGCAUAACAGCACCAAAACCAAUUAUAUCUGCACUAGCAUUAACAAGUUCAAUGUAUUCCCAUCCAAUAACAAAGAGACAAUUGACCCAAUUACAAGAAACUUAUCCCAAUAUGAGUAUACUAAAACCUGUGGAGAAAUUUGUUGAUAUGGAUGGAAAUAUUGCAAUGGGCGGUAUGAGGUCUUGGCGAGAAGUUGUUGAUUUUGUGUGUCAGAAGUUGGGGCCACCUACUACAAAAGAGGAUGAAGUGGAGGAAGAAGACGGAGAAAACGAAAACGAUGAAAAUAAUGUUGAUGAAGGCGCAGAGGAAGAAGAUGAUGACGAUGAGGAAGAAGAAGAUGAAGAUGAAGAAGAAGAAGAAGAAGAAGAAGAAGAAGAAGAAGAAGAAGAAGAUGAUGAUGAUGAAAGUGAAGGUCCACUUGUGAACAAAAUAAAAAGGUGA